CUAGGAGCAAGGCAUCGCUACUAGAAACAAAGGGCAUUACUACGUUCGUAGCAUUCUUGAGAAGCUAGGAGCCCACCUGGGGCCAUGGCCUGGAGGAGGCACUCACCACUUACUGUUUUGCUGCUGGGAGCUUUGCUCAGAGGUCUUGUUCCUUUGGCUUUUACACCAGAGCCAAGCAAGAGCUCACAGCCAUGUCCGUCGCGGCGGGAGGCCUCGAUGAUGACUGGACUGGGUGCAGCUCUGCUGAGCGGGCCAGCUCUAGCAGAAUCAAGUGCAGAUUUGAUCGUUGGAGCCUCCCGCGAGAAAGCGAAGUAUGAAGCCAGAGAGGGCGGCUUCUUUGGCGCCAACAAGUUCAAGAAGCAAACGGCAGAGUACAACUACACAGACCUUCAGAGCUUCUUGCCCAAGUUGUUCAUGGCCAAGCGUUCCUUUGAGAUUCAGCUGCAGCAGCUGAACGACAAGAAGAUCGAUGUCAACAAUCCAGAGACCUACGCCAAGCUGCGUGCAAUCAAUCGAGAUGAGCCUGUUCGGCGACUCCGAAAAGAGCUAUACCGCACGCAGCAGUGGGUGAAGUACACCGCGAACGACUGGGGGCUGGCUGAAACGGAGUAUGACCGUGUUAGACGAGCUCUGGAUGAGGAAGACUCUCAGUGCUUAUUGAUGUCGAGGUUCGAGGAUCGAGUGCCGACAGCCUCAGUCCGGACGGCCCGACGAAGCAUCCAAGCGAUCCUUGACUCCAUAGAUGACCUCCUACUGCUAGUGCCACAGAACGAACAGGAGGCUGCCAAGGCUGUGGCAGACACGCGCACCAUUCCAACAGCCACGUUGCCAUUGAGGACCAAGAAUCCUCAAAAUGCAUCAAUAAGCGUAAAUGGAGCGAAUGCAACGAGUCCUGCAAGCCCGCCAAGUCCCAGUGAGACGAGCCAAAGCCCGAACCUGGAUGGUGCAUCCUCUUGAUCUGAGGGUUCAUUUGGUUGAAUCGAAUAAGGAAAAGAAGAAACAGCGC